AUGUUUAAAUUAAUUACCCCAAAAAUAAUAAUACGACCUCAUAAAUUAUAUAGAUUUUAUUCUCAAUUUUCAAUUGAAGAUAUUGGGAAAGCUAGAAAAUGGAUAGAAAUAACUGAAGCUAAACAUAUUCCUCAAUCAGAAUUUGAUAUCUCUUAUAGUAGAUCAUCAGGAGCAGGGGGUCAAAAAGUUAAUAAAACAUCAAGUAAAGCCACGAUAUCAUUAGAGCCAGAAAAAUGGUUAACAAGAAGUUGCUAUUGGAUCCCAGAGCCAAUUAAACAACAACUUCGAGAGAAACCAGUGCGUUAUGAAACAAAAUCUGGAGGACUUUUGAUUCAGAGUGAUUCAUCAAGAAGUAGAUAUACAAACACAUCUGAUUGCUUUGAGAAAUUAAUCCUGGAAAUUAAAGAAAAAGUUUACUUUGAAUCAGAAGUUAAAGAAGAAGAUGUUAAGAAAUGGCAGGAAUUAGCUACAGUAAGAGCUGAAAAAAUCAAAUUUAAGAAAAAAUUACAAUCGGAUAAGAAAAAGUCUAGGUCUAAAAAGUUUGACAUUUAA